UCAAAUAAAUAAUUGUGUUCAGGUAUCGCUCCUAAAACCAGAGAGGGAAUCUCUCUCUCUCUUUUGUUUUGACAAGGAGUGGAUUUAUGAGCGAUAAUAAUUCCACGUUAGGACUUGGACUAUAGUUGCCACCGCAGAGACAUUUGGACACGCCGCCAGUCCCGACUGCGUGAUGUAUCCGUGAGAGUUGACCCGAUAUAACACAACUGUUUCGGCCGGACUCAUAGGGAGCGGGGAAGUUCAUGGAGGUUAUUAGUGGGACCCGCUAGGAUGGAUGUGGUGGAUGAAACCGAAGCGUUACAGAGAUUUUUUGAAGGUCAUGAUAUUACCAGCUCCUUGGAGCCAGUGAACAUUGACACCAGUAUUCUGGAGGACUACAUCGGUAAGGAGGACGACAGCACUGACAUCUGUUUCUCUGAGGUCCACAGCGGUGCCCCAGGGGCUAACUCCUACUCGUUAACCCAGGCCGGAGUCUCCUCCGCUGGGAGUCUAUUGUGUGGCGUGAGCUCCCCUAUCUCCCUACGUCAGGGAAACCCCCACCCCCAGCAGACACCCUAUCCCCCACCCCCUCCUCUGGGCCUGCUGAGACACAACAACUACCCUUGCCUGGGGCAACAGCACCACCACCAGAACCAGCAGCAGCAGCAGCAGCAGCAGCAGCAGCAGAACCACAUCAAGCCUGAACACAGAGGAAACUACGCACCCGGGACGCUCCCAGAGUCCCCCCCAGACUCCAGUUCUGAGCCAUACUCCCCUCAGCAGGUCAAUGACACUCACAUGCUGAGGACCAUGACACCAGAGAACAUGUGUCACAUGACCCCGCCACCUCUACCCCCACACGGCCACGGCUAUCCCAACAUGCACCGCGACAUGUACCUGAAGGCCGAGCCAAUGAUCUCACAGUACCCUGUUGGCACCGCCUCCAGUGGGAGUGGACAGGACCUGCAACAGACUCAGCUGAUGCAUCAACUCCUUCAACAGCAGGAUGGGAUACCGGUCCACCAGACAAAGAAGAGAAAACCCUCUGACUCUCCAAACAGCACCCUCAACUCUCAGAUCCUCACAGGUAUCAUCAAACAAGAGCCAGUAGACAUUGUUUCUGGCCCAGGUUUGAUGGCGGAGGCGGAUAACUCCUACCUGGACCCCAACUACCAGUGUAUAAAGUGGCAGCCGCACCAGCAGAACAAGUGGACGCCGCUGUACGACGUCAACUGCAAAGAACUGUGA